AUGGCCUUCCAAGCUUCGCCGUCAUGGCUCACGGCUGCUCUGGCCAUCUUCUCCUUCUUCUCCAUGCUCAUCCCCGCCAACGCCCUGUACUUCUACGUCGAUGGCCGCCAACCAAAGUGCUUCUUCGAGGAUCUACCCAAGGACACCCUGGUAGCCGGCAAGUUCGACACCCAGGUCAUCAACCCCAACACUGGCGUCUUCGCCAUCGACCACAACCUCAAGGUCCAAAUCACCGUGGAGGAGACCUUCGACAAUGACCACCGCAUCGUAAACAAGCGCGAGAACCAUUCCGGCCGCUUCACUUUCUCCGCCGCCGACGCCGGCCAACACCGUAUCUGCUUCAUGGCCGACACCGAGGUCGCGACAACCGGCUGGUUGUCCAACAGCCAGGGUGCUGUCCGGGUGACCCUGGAUAUGGCCAUUGGCGAGACAAGCAAGAUUGAGACCGAGGACAAGGACAAGAUUAAGGAUAUUGUGCAGCGUGUGAAGGAUCUGAACAGCCGACUGCACGACAUCCGUCGGGAGCAGGUGUACCAACGGGAACGCGAGGCUGAGUUCCGUGACCAGUCCGAGACCACCAACGGUCGUGUCGUACGCUGGACUCUAAUCCAACUCGCCGUUCUGUCCGCCGCUUGCGCCUGGCAACUCUCGCAUCUGCGGUCAUUCUUCAUCAAGCAGAAGCUGACUUAA